UAAAAUAAUACCGGCACCACCCAAUCCUUCCUCUCUAAGCCAUCAAUCGGAACCAUCACCAAGGACUGAACUUCAUCUUCUUCUUUCUCUUAGUAUAGAAAAAAAAAGGGAAAAGAAAAUGGCGUUCUGUCUCAAUACAAACCUAAACCAGCCUUCUCUCAGUUGUGGAACCAAGCUGUAUUCUGGAUUGAAGCUUCAAUCUCCAAGUUUGUAUGCAACUGGAAGGCCUAAUUUGACAGCAGAAUUCUAUGGCAGGGUCAAUAAGAGUCUCCAAUGCGGGACGCGUAGCCACAGUGCAAUACAUGCAGGUGUUAGAAUGAUGCCCAUAGGGACACCAAGAGUGCCCUACAGAACACCUGGUGAAGGAACUUGGCAAUGGGUUGACUUGUGGAAUGCCCUUUACCGAGAGCGUGUUAUCUUCAUUGGACAAAAUAUAGAUGAAGAGUUUAGCAACCAAAUUUUGGCAACAAUGUUGUACCUUGACACAAUUGAUGAUAACAAAAGAAUCUACUUUUAUAUUAAUGGUCCGGGUGGGGAUCUUACUCCAACCUUGGCUAUCUACGACACUAUGCAAAGUUUGAAAAGUCCCGUUGGUACGCAUUGUGUGGGAUUUGCCUAUAAUCUAGCAGGUUUUAUUCUUGCAGCUGGGGAAAAGGGAAAUCGCUCUGCUAUGCCUCUUUCAAGAAUUGCUCUACAAUCACCAGCAGGGGCUGCUCGUGGUCAGGCUGAUGACAUUCGUAAUGAAGCAAAUGAGCUUCUUAGGAUCAAGGACUAUCUGUACAAUGAGUUAGCUAAGAAAACGGGACAGCCUGCAGAGAAGAUUAACAAGGACUUGAGCAGAAUGAAACGCUUCAAUGCUCAGGAGGCCCUUGAUUAUGGGCUCAUUGACCGUAUUAUCAGGCCACCUGCUGUGGAUGCUGACUCAGCUCCCAGAGAUCCAUCAGCUGGUCUUGGUUAGUGUAUACAGUUCAUCAAAUUAGCUUAGGGCUGCUUUAUAAAUUAAGGAGAGUUUCUUAACUAUUUGUACAAUUGUCUAUUCAAUUUGGAAAUUCUGCGACGAGUUUUGUUCUUA